AGGGUGCCCACUCAACACGACCUCUUCAAAAAGAAGCGUUGUUUACCGCCUUUCGAGGGCUGGUGACGGGACGGAAUGGGAUGAAGAUACCCAUUUUGCAGACGAAUACACAGGCCAGGGAAGAUUUUAACCCCGGAUCUUAACGCACAGACUGCUAAAACUGCCCUCAGUUUGCAAUUCCGCCACCAGGUCUAUUCUGCUGUCCAAGACCGCCACAGAUCGCAGGCCCCGCCCCCUCACUGAGCGCCGGGCGAGGUCCCGCCCGCGCUCUCGCGAGAGCUCGGAGGCGGAAAAUGGCGCCGACGUGAGCGCGAGACUGCGGCCGCCCAGGGAAUCGCCGCAGCCUCAGCUGGAGCCGCGGGAGCUGCGAGAACAAGAGGCCUAGCCAGGCCGAGGAUGGAGGAGGAACCCUCUGGGCUCAGCCCAGACAUGCUGGUCACUGCAGAGCCCCGCUCCAGUGAGACCCACCAGGAAGUGGUGUCCCCAGGUGUGGCUGCUGCAGCCACGUCUUUCUCCAUGGGGGAGGAGUCAGGUCCUGACCAGACAGCCACACCCCCAGUGUGGGAAUGUGGAGGUCCUGGAGGGGCCCAGCAGGGUGUUUCCUCAGCCCCAGACAGUGGCCAACCUGGCCCUGGACCCAGCCUUGGCUCAACCAGCACAGUAUCCGGGACCAGUGAGGACCUUCGGCCACCCAGGCGACGCCCACCACCAGGAAAGCAGAUACUCUGCUCCAGCCCUGGCUGCUGCCUCAGUUUCCCAAGCGUUCGUGACUUGGCACAGCAUCUGCGUACCCAUUGCCCACCCACACAGUCCCUGGAAGGCAAGCUCUUCCACUGUUCCGCCCUGAACUGCACGGAGACCUUCCCCAGCAUGCAGGAACUGGUGGCACACGGCAAGCUGCACUACAAACCCAAUCGCUACUUCAAGUGUGAGAACUGCCUCCUGCGCUUCCGCACGCACCGCUCGCUCUUCAAGCAUCUGCAUGUUUGCGCCGAGCAUGCGCAGAGCCCAGCCCCGCCGCCACCCCCUGCCCUCGACAAGGAGCCGUCCGCGCCCGAGCGCCCCACGGAGUCUGACCCGGAGUCAGCGCCGAGCUUGCAGUUCCCGCUACUCGAGCCCUUUACGACCCCCGCCCCUGCCCCCACCGGGCCCUUCCUGCCCUACUUGAACCCCGCAUCCUUUGGCCUAAGCCCCCCGCGCCUGCGCCCCUUCCUGGCCGCCGCGCCUGGACUGUCAGCCUCCAGCACCGCCAUCUGGAAAAAGAGUCAAGGUGCCGGUGGCAGCCCUCGAAGACCCCAGGGCGGCUCCGAUGCGCCCUCAGGUGCGUGCAGGUGACCACCAGGGCGGGAUGGAGGGGGUUUCUGUCCUGCGCCCUGCCAAGCCCAGGAGAUUCUAGGAGGCAGCAGUGCCAGCCCCCAAAUACAGGAUUUUUGCCUUAAAAAUUACCGGCCCCCGCGCCUUCAUCUACACCGGCG